GCUGGCGGGAUGAAAGCGCCGAGGAGACCGAGGCAGACUCUGCUUCUCCCGCGGUUCUGCGUCUGUGGAGUCGGUGUGGUGGCUGUGGUGAGCGUCCUCCACUUUGUCACAGGGUUCCACGCACCAGGUGGCGGCCACCUGCCCUUGUUCAAGAGGGACGUGGUUCCACAGAAAGAGAACAACCAGACAGCAGCAAGUGUCUCCAGAUCAGCUGUCAGUGAGUUUCCUGAGGACAUUUUCACACAGCAGCAGAGGAGACAAGGAGCUGUCCUACUUCACGUCCUCUGUGCGAUCUACAUGUUCCACGCUCUGGCCAUCGUGUGCGACGUGUACUUCGUGCCGUCACUGGAGAAAGUGUCCGAGAACCUGCAGCUGAGCCAGGAUGUUGCUGGGGCAACUUUCAUGGCGGCGGGCAGCUCCGCCCCCGAGCUCUUCACCUCCUUGAUUGGGGUUUUCAUCACCAAAGGCGAUGUGGGCGUGGGAACUAUCGUGGGCUCCGCAGUCUUCAACAUCCUGGUCAUCAUCGGCCUGUGUGGCAUCUUCUCUGGGCAGCCGAUCGCUCUCAGCUGGUGGCCUCUGUUUCGGGAUGCAGUCUUCUACAUCCUGUCCAUCAUUGUGCUGAUCCUGGUUAUAUAUGAUGAGAAAGUCUUGUGGUGGGAAACCAUCAUCCUGAUCUCCAUGUACGGAAUAUACAUCCUGAUCAUGAAGUUCAACAGGUGCCUGAACAGCUUUGUGGAGAGGCACUUCAGCAGAGGGGGUCAGCCAUGUUUGAGCAGCCUCAGGCGCACCACUGCUGUGGGAACUGUCGGCGACUGCGACAACGACACGGUGCCGCUGAAGCCAGACUCGUGCGCGGUGGCUGCUCAGGACUCAGGAGUAGUGAUGGUGGACGAGCUGCUCAACUCGCACCCUCACCAGCUCUCCUUCUCUGAGGCAAGCCUUCGCCUUCUCAUCACCCCGCAUUUCCCCCCCUUCACCCGCCUGCGCAUGGCAGGACGCAUGAUCAUCAACGAGAGGCAGAGGCUGAUCCAGGCUCGGCUCGGACAGGAGGACGGCAGACCGUCUGGGGAGGAGGCCUUGGCUGCCAGCGCCACCUGGGGGAGGGAGAACGGCAUGACCAGCGAGAGCCAGACCUUUGAAGAGGAGAAGGUGACCAGCACUGAGGAGGAAGUGCAGCCUAAAGAGGAGGAGGAGGAGGAGCCAGAGGAGGGAGAGGAGGACAGCGCUCCGUACAAGCCUUUCACCCUUCCAGAUGGCUGGGCCUCACGUGUGAAGUGGGUGCUUUCGUGGCCACUGAGCUUCCUGCUUCACUGCAGCGUUCCCGACUGUAGCUUGCCUCGCUGGGAGAGCUGGUACCUGGUCACCUUCCUCUCCUCCACCCUGUGGAUCGCUCUCUUCUCCUACCUCAUGGUCUGGAUGGUGACUAUCAUCAGCUACACACUGGGAAUCCCAGAGGUGAUCAUGGGAAUCACUUUCCUGGCGGCCGGAACAAGCGUCCCAGACUGCAUGGCCAGUCUCAUCGUGGCUCGCCAAGGCAUGGGUGACAUGGCGGUGUCCAACUCCAUCGGCAGUAACAUCUUUGACGUCCUGCUGGGCCUGGGCUUCCCUUGGGCGCUCAGGACUCUCAUCGUCAGCUACGGCUCAGAGGUGACGAUCAACAGCAAAGGUUUGGUGUAUUCAGUGAUCCUGCUGUUGGCUUCAGUCACUCUGACGGUCUUGUGUGUCCACCUGAACCGCUGGAAGCUGGACCGCCGGCUGGGACUCUGUCUGUUGCUGCUGUACGCCGUCUUCCUUCUCUGCUCAGUGGGUUUCGAGAGGCUGUAGACAGGUCCCCAGUGAAAUCCCAGAACAUCAGGAUUCUAGUUUACAGCCUCCCUCACCACCGUCUGCCUCGGAGGUGCCGAUGAUCAGUAUUUUACACGAUUUUGUACGGACGAUGCACUAAUGUCUUAUUAACAAAUUUGUACCCUACAUUAUUUAUCUUGAUGUUCAUUUGCCUCUUGUAACCUCGGACUUUAGAUUCCACUUGUGCGUAGCUACACCGCAGCAUGGCUCACCCCUCCUCGGUGCACACGUUGUCAUGGUGACUCCUCAAAAGCUUCUCCAGCACAGACCUGUUUGUGUGGAAUCACUGAGACUGUUCUGGAAAGUGUGUCGUCCAGUGAAAUUAAAAGUUUCGUUCUGUGAUGUUUGAACACUAUUCCUUCACCACAGUCAGAGUGAUACACGGCUGAGCCAUAACAUUACGACCACCUCUUACAAUCAUUACAUAAGCCAACUCAUGUGACGCAGACCGAGACAGAACACAUGCCAACUGCCUGUUGACAACUUUAAAUGGAACUUGUUUAUUUCAUUCAGACUAGUUGAAUUCAAUACAAAAAAUGUAAAAAAAUUAAAAUAGUACAACAAAGUACAUCAUUUUACA